AUGGAAGAUGACGCAAGUCGAACAGCCAAUGUCAGUGGAAGCGCACCUAUUACUGAGUCUCUUUAUUCAACACCGAAAGUGGAGAAAGAUCCAAUGAAUGUGAAGAGGAAAGCUAUACAACCAAGAUCUUCUGCUUGGCCACAUUAUGAUAAGCUCAUAGAAGAUGGAAUUAAUAAAGCAAAGUGCAAAUAUUGUGGUAAAGUUCUCUUAGCUGAUCCAAUUAGAAAUGGAACAAGUGGACUGAAUAAACAUUUGAAAACUUUUCCUAAAAAUACAAAUAAGGUUGACACUUCCAAUUCCAAGUACAAACAAUCAAAUUUAAACUUUCCAUUAGAAGGCGAAAAGGGUGAUGGGGCAACUUCGACUUUUGAUCAAGAGGUAUCUCGGAGGGCUUUAGUUGAGAUGUUAAUUCUUGAUGAGCUUCCUUUUCGCUUUGUUGAAAAGGAAGGUUUUAAGAAGUUUAUGACAAAAACCUAA